AUGUCCGUCUCGGACUCGGCCUCGACCUACAUCGAAGACCACGCGGAGUUCCGCCGCACGCCGACCUCGCCCCGCCCGGAGCGCAUCGACAUCGACGAGCAGGGCCAGCGCGACGUCACCGAGCUCGCCCGGCGCCUCUCCAUCUCCUCCAACGCCCGGCGCCUCUCCACCUCCUCCGCCCACCCCGCCGGCGGCACCCAGAGCAAGCGCAACAGCCUGCUCCCCUUCUCGCAGACGCUCUCCCCCGCCGUCUCCCGCAACUCGUUCGCGCUCGGCCCGGUCAAGGGCGGCGGCGGCGACGACGACAAGGCGGGAGACGGGAGCUUGCCGAACCCGUUCGUCGGGACCGACGACCCGAGGCUCGUCCCGGGAAGCGGCGCGUUCGACGUCCGCGCGUGGAUCCGCGCCGUCUUGGACAUCACCGAGCGCGAGCCGGAGCGCUUCCCGCAGCGCACCGCCGGCGUCAGCUUCAAGAACCUGUCCGCGUACGGCUUCGGCAGCUCGACCGACUACCAGAAGGACGUCGGCAACGUCUGGCUCGAGGCGAUCGGGUUUUUCAGGAAGUUGUUCGGGGCGGAGAGGGAGCACAAGAUCGAUAUCCUGCGCAACUUUGACGGGCUGAUCCGGAGCGGGGAGACGCUCGUCGUCCUCGGUCGCCCGGGGAGCGGGUGCAGUACGUUUUUGAAAACCAUCGCCGGACAGACCCACGGUUUCUUCCUGUCGCCCGAGACGGAAAUCCAUUACUCGGGCAUUCCGCGAGAGUACUACAUCAAGCACUUCAGGGGAGAGGUCAUCUACCAGGCAGAGGUCGACGUACACUUCCCGAUGCUGACUGUCGGCGAGACGCUCGGCUUCGCGGCGCUCGCGCGGACGCCGCACAACCGUCCCGAAGGCGUUACCCGCCAGCAGUGGGCGAUGCACAUGCGCGACGUCGUCAUGGCUAUCUUCGGUCUCAGCCAUACCGUCAACACCCGCGUCGGGAACGACUUCGUCCGUGGGGUUUCGGGCGGUGAACGCAAGCGUGUGUCGAUCGCGGAGGCUACUCUGAGCGGUAGUCCGGUACAGUGCUGGGAUAACAGUACGCGAGGAUUGGACAGUGCUACCGCGCUUGAGUUUGUGAAGACGUUACGAACCGCAUCGGAGGCUGGUGGAGUGUCCAACAUCGUCGCAAUCUACCAAGCUAGCCAGGAAGCGUACGACCUGUUCGACAAGGUCAUCCUGCUCUACGAGGGCCGCCAGAUCUUCUUCGGCCCUACGACCGCUGCCAAGGAUUAUUUCCUUCGGAUGGGCUACGACUGCCCACCUCGCCAGACGACCGCGGACUACCUCACCUCGAUCACCAGCCCAGAGGAGCGCAUCGUCCGUCCCGGGUUCGAAGGCCGCGUCCCGCGCACGCCGGACGAGUUCGCCGCCGCGUGGAAGCGGAGCGCCGAGCAUGCUCACCUCAUGCGCGAGAUCGAGGCGUACGACCACCAGUACCCCGUCGGCGGGCACCACCUCGAGGCGUUCGUCAAGUCGCGCAAGGCGCAGCAGGCGGACCACGUCAGCUCCAAGUCGCCGUACACGAUUUCGUUCCCGAUGCAGGUCCGCCUGUGCUUGAUGCGCGGGUUCCAGCGGCUGCGGAACGACCUGUCGAUGUUCUUCGUGACGGUGUUCGGCAACUCGAUCAUGUGUCUGAUCAUUUCCUCCGUCUUUUUCAACCUCCCCGCGGACACGAGCAGCUUCUUCUCGCGCGGCGCGUUGCUGUUCUAUGCGAUCCUCAUGAACGCGUUCUCGAGCGCGCUCGAGAUCCUCACGCUCUAUGUGCAGCGGCCGAUCGUGGAGAAGCACACGGCGUACGCACUCAUCCACCCCGCCGCCGAGGCCCUCGCGUCGAUGCUGGUCGACAUGCCGGCGAAGAUCCUCACCGCCGUCGCGAGCAACCUCAUCCUGUACUUCAUGACCAACCUCCGACGAGAACCCGGCGCGUUCUUCAUCUUCUUCCUGAUCUCGUUCACGACGAUGCUCGUGAUGAGCAUGAUCUUCCGCACGAUCGGCGCCGCCUCGCGGACGCUAGCGCAGGCGAUGACGCCCGCCGCGAUCUUCAUCCUCGCGCUCGUCAUCUACACCGGCUUCACCAUCCCGACGCGGGACAUGCACCCCUGGUUCCGGUGGAUCAACUACCUGGACCCGAUCGGGUACGCGUUCGAGGCGUUGAUGGCCAACGAGUUCUCCGGGCGGCGGUACCCCUGCGCGCAGUUCAUCCCCUCCGGGCCAGGGUACGCCGGCGUCUCCGGCCUCGAGCACGUCUGCGCCGUCGUCGGCGGCCAACCGGGCAACGGCUUCGUCGAGGGCUCGGACUACAUCGCGCAGUCGUUCGAGUACAGCCGGGCGCACCUCUGGCGCAACUUUGGGAUCCUGAUCGGCUUCAUGAUCGCGUUCUUGGGCACGUACCUCGCCGCGACGACGUACAUCAGCUCGGCCAAGUCCAAGGGCGAGGUCCUCGUUUUCCGGAAGGGGAACCUGCGCCCGGCGAAGAGGGGGGACGAGGAGGGCGCGGCGCGCGGGGAGAAGCCGGCGCCGCUCAUGGGAUCGUCGUCGAACGGGUCGAGCAACGAGACCGCCGCGGACUUGAGCCAGCGGGAUAUCUUCAUGUGGCGCGAUGUGGUGUACGAUAUUAAGAUCAAGGGACAGCCGCGGCGGCUACUUGACCACGUCGACGGAUGGGUCCAGCCCGGCAAGCUCACCGCCCUCAUGGGCGCUUCCGGCGCUGGGAAGACGACGUUGCUGGAUACACUCGCCUCUCGAGUGACCAUGGGCGUUGUCUCGGGUGAUAUGCUCGUCAACGGUCGUCAGCGCGAUGCCUCCUUCCAGAGGAAGACCGGUUACGUCCAACAGCAGGAUUUGCACCUCCAAACCUCUACCGUCCGUGAAGCUCUCGAGUUCAGCGCGCUUCUCCGACAGCCGGCGCACGUGAGCAAGAAGGAGAAGCUGGAGUAUGUGCAGCAGGUGAUCGACUUGCUGGAGAUGCGAGAGUAUGCGGACGCCGUCGUCGGAGUUCCCGGUGAAGGUCUCAACGUGGAGCAGCGGAAGCGCCUGACCAUCGGCGUGGAGCUCGCCGCGAAGCCUCAGCUACUCUUGUUCCUGGACGAACCCACCAGCGGUCUCGACUCGCAGACGGCCUGGUCUAUUCUCAGUUUGCUGCGCAAGUUAGCCAACCACGGGCAGGCCAUCCUGUGUACCAUCCAUCAACCUAGCGCGCAGCUGUUCUCGGAGUUUGAUCGUCUGCUCUUCUUGGCGAAAGGCGGUCGUACGGUGUACUUUGGAGAUCUCGGGGAAGAUUCGAGGAACCUGAUUGACUACUUUGAGCGAAACGGGGCGGAUCCAUGCCCACCUGCUGCGAACCCGGCGGAUUGGAUGUUGCAGGUCAUCGGAGCUGCGCCCGGCGCCGUCGCCAAGCGUGAUUGGCCCGAGGUCUGGAAGGAGAGCCCUGAACGUCAAAACAUCCGGGCCGAGAUCGGUAAAAUGGAGCGCGAGUUGUCUGGCAGGCCCAUUCAAGAAGACGCAAGCCCUCGAUCAUUUGCUGCUUCGCAUUUCUCGCAAUACUGCCUCGUAACGAGGAGGGUUUUCCAGCAGUAUUGGCGUACCCCAAGCUACAUCUACGCGAAGUUGACGCUAUCCACUGUCACGGCCGCGUUCAUCGGGUUCUCGUUCUGGCAGGCGAAGAGGAACCAGCAGGGCUUGCAGAACCAGAUGUUUAGCAUCUUCAUGCUCAUGACUGCGUUCGGCAACAUGGUACAACAAAUCAUGCCCCAGUUCGUGACUCAACGUGCCCUUUACGAGGUCAGGGAGCGCCCUAGCAAGACCUUCGGCUGGCCGGCGUUCAUGCUCGCUCAGCUGACUGUGGAGCUGCCUUGGCAAACCAUCGCUGCACUUUUGGCCUUCGUCCUGAUCUACUAUCCGAUUGGCCUGAACCAUAAUGCCGCGUUUGCCCAUGAAACGGCGGAACGCAGCGGGCUGUUCUUCAUGCUCGUUCUUGAGUUCUAUAUAUUCACAAGCACGUUCGCGACCAUGGUCAUCGCUGGCGUCGAGGACGCGACUACUGGCGGCAACUUCGCCAACCUCAUGUUCAACCUUUGUCUCAUCUUCACUGGAGUUCUCGCCACUCCUGCACAGUUCCCGCAUUUCUGGAUAUUCAUGUACGACGUCUCACCUUUCCGAUACUUGGUGCAAGCCAUGCUGUCCGUCGGCCUCGCCCACGCCCCUGUCAAAUGCUCGUCCAUCGAGAUCAGAACGUUCAACCCGCCCUCGGGCCAGACCUGCGGGCAGUACCUCCAGUCGUACAUCGCCGCGGCCGGCGGCUCCGUCUCUAAUCCCGACGCGACCUCCGGCUGCGAGUUCUGCUCGCUCACGACGACGGACGAGUUCCUGGACCAGAUCAACGCGCACUUUUCCGAGCGCUGGCGGAACUGGGGCCUGCUGAUCGUCUACAUCUCGUUCAACAUCAUGGCGUCCCUCGUCCUGUACUGGCUCAUGCGGGUGCCGAAGGGGAACCGGGUGGAGAAGGCCGCGUCGGCGGAGCCUGUACAAGGGGACAAGAAGACGGAGGAGCUGCCGCAUUAG